GCAGCUUCCGAACUGUAGCUGCGUUCCCAGGAACUAAGCUGCGUUUAUCUUGACUUCCGACUACGUUGGCAACAGGUUUUCUUCCCGCCGCGGGAGCGGCUCCUCAUCCUCGUCCCUCCUGCCCUCCCCUUUGCCUCCAGGAGCCAUCUUCCCGGCUCCAGAGGCUCCCCCGAGGAAACGCGGGUACUGGCCCUUUAAACGUGACCUGCUGCGGUCCGCGGACCUAACACUGACGUGGAACCCAGAGUAAGCGGCGUCAGACACGUGGGACAAGGAGGUGUUCAUCUUGGAACCGGGCAAGGCGUUUUUCCGCUUUGGGCUUUACAUCUUUAAUACGGCGUUAGGAAAGUAUCCGCUUUUGUUUGUCUGUCUUUAAUUGUUUUGCCACUACCGUCGUGGUGAAAACUCUCAAAUAAAGGACGCAGUUUAAAGGAACAUUUGUGUCCCCCGCGCUACGUGCCUGUAUUAAAAAUGGCCGCCGCCGCCUUCCACGACGCUGGUUGCUCUGCGAACAAGAUCCGGGAGGAAACAGCGGGCAUGCAAGUGCCGUGGGGGCACCGCCGAGGUUGCGCUAUAGAGGCUCGCGGGAGUCCCAGGGCGGCUCAAGUCAGAGUUGUUGGGCUUCGCUCAGGCUGUUGGGGGAAGACCCAGCCUGUGGGGAGCGGCCACUCCUCCCUGCUGGGGGCUCAGGGCUUCUGCCCAGCUUGUCCGUUAGCUGAGGAGGUGGCCGAGCGGGGCCCCUGGCUGGUCAUCAUGUGGGCCUUCCCGGAGUUGCCAAUGCCGCUGCUGGUGAAUUUGAUCGGCUCGCUGCUGGGAUUUGUGGCCACGGUCACCCUCAUCCCCGCCUUCCGUGGCCACUUCAUCGCCGCGCACCUCUGUGGCCAGGACCUCAACAAAACCGGCCGGCAGCAAAUCCCAGAGUCCCAGGGAGUGAUCAGCGGUGCUGUUUUCCUUAUCAUCCUCUUCUGCUUCAUCCCUUUCCCUUUCCUGAACUGCUUUAUGGAGGAGCGGUGUAAAGCCUUCCCGCACCAUGAAUUUGUGGCCCUGAUAGGUGCGCUCCUUGCCAUCUGCUGCAUGAUUUUCCUGGGCUUUGCGGACGAUGUACUGAAUCUGCGCUGGCGCCAUAAGCUGCUGCUGCCUACAGCUGCCUCAUUACCUCUUCUCAUGGUCUAUUUCACCAACUUUGGCAACACGACCAUUGUGGUGCCCAAGCCUUUCCGGCCGAUUCUUGGCCUCCAUCUGGACUUGGGGAUCCUGUACUAUGUCUACAUGGGGCUGCUGGCAGUGUUCUGUACCAAUGCUAUCAAUAUCCUAGCAGGAAUUAAUGGCCUAGAGGCUGGCCAGUCACUAGUCAUUGCUGCUUCCAUCAUCGUCUUCAAUCUGGUGGAGCUGGAAGGUGAUUAUCGGGAUGAUCAUGUCUUUUCCCUCUACUUCAUGAUACCCUUUUUUUUCACCACCUUGGGAUUGCUCUACCAUAACUGGUACCCGUCACGGGUGUUUGUGGGAGAUACCUUCUGUUACUUUGCUGGCAUGACCUUUGCCGUGGUGGGCAUCUUGGGACACUUCAGCAAGACCAUGCUACUCUUCUUCAUGCCCCAGGUGUUCAACUUCCUCUACUCACUGCCUCAGCUCCUGCAUAUCAUACCCUGCCCUCGCCACCGUAUUCCCAGACUCAAUACCAAGACAGGCAAACUGGAGAUGAGCUAUUCCAAGUUCAAGACCAAGAACCUCUCUUUGUUGGGCACCUUUAUUCUAAAGGUAGCAGACAGUCUCCAGCUAGUGACGGUGCGCCAGAGCGAGCAUGAGGAUGGUGCCUUCACGGAGUGUAACAACAUGACCCUCAUCAACUUGCUCCUUAAGGUCGUCGGGCCCAUGCAUGAGAGAAACCUGACUCUGCUCCUGCUGCUGCUCCAGAUCCUUGGCAGUGCAGUCACCUUCUCCAUUCGGUACCAGCUUGUCCGGCUCUUCUACGAUGUCUGAGUCCCCCGGUCCUUGCCCUUUACUGCACAGUCUGCAGGGUUCCUGACUCAGGCCGACCUCUUUCCUGACCAGGAAUGCCUCCUGGCCCAGGCCUCUCCCACCUCUUAUUCUCCCCCAGAUUUUGUACUUAGUGAUUCCAUUCCGCUGUGAAUAUCGACACCCUGGGCCUGUCUUGCCCUCUACUGACUGUUGAUUGGACUUUGCCACUUCAACUUGCCACUCUCCCUCUCCGUCCCGUCUCGUCUUUGCAGCCUCCUGAGGUGGGAUACUGCCACUUUUAUGCAGUUAUCCACGACUCGGACUCUCGAGGAAUAUGUUGGGCCUGGGGAUAGAGCCCUUGCUGGGGAUAGGGACACAGCCUCGAAAAUCACUUGAUAUUUGACUAUAAAUUAAGUAUUCUGAUUAGUAAGAGCAGACUGGGGGGCCAGGUGCUCCCAGUGGUGACAAUAAAGUGUUGUCUUUUUCUUAU